AUGAAUCUGUCUAAAAUCAAAAGAAAUACUUGACAUCCAUCCUAAUUUCAUAUAACUCGAACUGAUUAUUUAUUCCACUAUCCACUUUGUUAUGCUUUCGCUUUGAUUUGACCCCUGCUUUUUCGAAGAAUGAGAUCGAAAAGUAUGCGCCCAUUAGGCUAAAGUCUACCGUAGGCUCUGAAGCGUAUGAGGAGUCAAUGGCGGAUGCAGCACCAGCCCCAGCACCAGCCGGUGGUACUCGAGGAGGUUUCCGUGGCGGAUUUGGAUCCGGAGGACGAGGAAGAGGUCGUGGGAGAGGCCGUGGACGUGGUAGAGGUCGUGGAGCUAAGGAAGAAAAAGACUGGGUACCAGCAACUAAAUUAGGACGUCUGGUGAAGGACGGUAAAAUUAAGAGUUUGGAAGAAAUUUAUCUCUUUUCUCUUCCAAUCAAGGAGUUCGAGAUCAUUGAUUUGUUUUUGCCACAAGGAACUUUGAAAGAUGAAGUACUCAAGAUUUUACCCGUUCAGAAACAAACCAAAGCUGGUCAACGAACCAGAUUCAAGGCUAUUGUAGCUGUAGGAGAUAACAGUGGACAUGUUGGUUUAGGUGUAAAAUGUUCUAAAGAAGUGGCAACUGCUAUUCGAGGUGCCAUCAUUGCAGCUAAACUGUCUAUUGUACCAAUCCGACGAGGUUAUUGGGGUAACAAGAUCGGUAAACCCCAUACAGUCCCUUCCAAAUUGACAGGAAGAUGUGGUAGUGUACUGGUCAGACUGAUCCCUGCCCCUAGAGGAACUGGUAUUGUCAGUGCCCCUGUACCCAGAAAACUACUCACUAUGGCUGGUAUCGAUGACUGUUAUACAUCUUGUAAAGGAGCCACUUCUACCAUUGGCAAUUUCGCCAAAGCUACAUUCUUUGCCAUUAUCCAGACCUACAAGUUUUUGAGCCCUGACAUGUGGAAAGACAGUGUUCUGACCAAGGAACCAUUCCAGGAGUUUUCAGACCAUUUGCAUAAACAUCAUCAACCUGUCAGAGUGCAGAAACAGGAACAAAAGGUUUAUUAAACUACCAAACAUUAAAACAGAAUGUUAUUUCUGAAUGAAUAAAAAAAAAAAUUAACUUGAA